AUGACACACCAUAGCAAAUAUUUAGUCAUAGCUUUUAUUUGUACUUUGUCAAUUUCAAACAUUAAUGUCAGUUUAGCCGCUCGUUCUCUUUCGCAGUUUUCGUACUCCGCUUCGUUUGCUUUUCCAGCCACGCCUGGUGUCGCUUCCUUGCCUACGGCGCCCGCCGUUCCUUCAACUCCUACGCUCCCCGUAUACACCAUCCCGCCGCCUUCAAAUGUUCCUGGCGUUCCAUUCCCUCCUCCACCACCUUUAGAAGUUCGCGGCAUCCCUUCAACACCCAACGGCUUAACUACCACUUUACCUCCGCCUUUAAUUGUGCCCCGCGUCGCAUCUCCUCCACCACCUUUAGAAUUUCCUGGCAUCCCUUCAACACCUGGCGGCUUAAUUAAUACCUUACCUCCGCCUUUAAAUUGGCCCGGCAUCCCAUCUCCUCCACCACCUUUAGAAGUUCUCGGCAUUCCUUCAGCACCCAACGGGUUAACUACCACUUUACCUCCGCCUUUAAAUUGGCCCGGCAUCCCAUCUCCUCCACCACCUUUAGAAGUUCUUGGCAUCCCUUCAACACCCGGCAGCUUAAUUAACACCCCGCCUAUAUAUGUGCCCGGCCUCUCACCCCCUCCACCACCUUUACAAGUUCCCGGCAUUCCUUUAACACCCAACAGCUUGAUUAACUUGCGUCCUCCUUCAAGUGUGCCCGACGUCUCUAUAAAUACCUUCCCACCACCAUCAAAUGUGCAGGGCGUCCCGUCAAGUCCCCUUGGCCCCGUGCCUGCAGCGUCAACUGUGCCCGCCUUUCCGACAAUAUCAGAUGUCCCAAGUACCCCGUCGACCUCCUAUAAUUCCCCACCUACGACUCCUUAA